CAUGAAAAUUUGGCUUUAGUGUUUAUGCUAACCAAUUUUUAUGAUUAUAUAGUUUCAUCAAUAUUUUGUUUUUGUCAAAAAUUAAUUUUUUGCAAAAUAUAUAUAAUAAAAUAAUACCGAUUCGAAUUAGUUACAACGGUUUCUUUAUACUUUGUUACAGAUUUAUUAAUGCUUUCAUUAUUUAACCUAAUAAACUAAUAUUAACAUAUCUUAUAUUAGAUUAUUAGAAAAUAAUUAAUUUUAGAGGUUAAUAUAUUUUAAAUUUUAGAUUUAUUUAAAAUAAAUAAUACAUUAAAACUAAAUAUAAAAAUUUAUAAUUAAAAAUGAGUGAAAGUGCAUCAAUUAAUGAUGUACUUGAAAGUAAUGGUGCAUCAGAACAAGCCACUUACAAUGGAGAAAGUGAAGAACAUACAAAUAAAUCACCUGGAAGUGGAGAAGAUAAAAUACCUGAUUCAAUAUGUGAUAAUGGAAUUAAAAAAAAUAAUGUAACUCCUAUAAUUGGAAGUAAUAAUACAAAUACAACUAAUAGAGCUAAAAAAAGAAAGAAAACUCCUAGAGAUGCUACUGCUCCAAAACAACCUUUAACUGGUUACUUCAGAUUUUUAAAUGAUCGAAGAGAAAAAGUAAGAAGUGAAAAUCCUACUUUAUCAUUUGCUGAAAUCACAAAACUUCUUGCUUCAGAAUGGAGUACUUUACCUGCUGAUCAAAAGCAACAAUAUUUAGAUGCAGCUGAACAAGAUAAAGAACGUUAUAAUCGUGAAUUUAGUGAUUAUAAACAAACGGAAGCAUACAGGUUGUUUAGUGAAAAACAAUCUUCAGAAAAGCAACAAGAAAGCAAAAAAGAAAGAAAUGGAACCGAUAUAAAUUCUGAGCAAAAUGAUAUUCAACAAGAUAAAGAUAACGACUUUACAGGUUUUGAUAUACCUAUUUUUACAGAGGAAUUUUUGGAUCAUAAUAAGGCAUGUGAAGCCGAAUUAAGACAAUUAAGAAAAGCUACUUCAGAUUAUGAAGCUCAAAAUGCAGUGCUUCAAAGACAUGUAGACAGUUUAUAUGCAGCUGUAAAUCGUUUGGAAUCUGAAACAAAUCAACAACGUACAACUAAUCAAGCUUUACAGCGUCAUUUGGAUUCCCUUCGUUCACAAUUAGCUGGUUGCUUUGCUACAAUAUCUCUGCCAGGAACGAAUGAAGGUGCAACAUUACAAAAUAUAGAUAAUUAUGUUGAAAGACUUGAAUCAUUAUUAAGUGGCAAUGUUGAACAAUCUUUACGAAAUGCUGUACGUAAUGCUGUAUCUCGUCUUGAAUUAAUUGGAUGACGAUCACCUCCCGGUAGUACAGCUACUACAUCAAUGAAACAUCAUCGUUCAAGACACUCACAUCGAAAAUAAAAAAGAGUAAUUGUGUUCUUUUUUACAUAUUUUGUAAAAUAUAUUUUUUUUAAUAUUGUAUGCUCCCUAGUUUAAUAAUUACAAAUAAUAAUUUUCUUCCCAAUUCAUGAUUAUAAAAUCAUGAUUUACUUUUUAAAUAAAUGUAAUUUAUAAGAUAUAAUUGCAUGAAAUUACAUAUAUAAAUAUUAAUUAUUAGAUUAGACAAUAUAAUCAUAUUUGUAGCAUAAUAACAAAAUAUUAUUAUGGUAUUAUCAAAUAUUUAUUAAUAAAUUUUUUAAACUUA